AUGGCCGGUUACGAAGAGAUACCUUCAGCUUCCACGCCGAAGCUCGAAAAGUUCCGCCUGUCAAUUCCCGAGCAAGACCUAAAGGACUUCAAGGGUUUACUUAGAAUUUACAAGUUGGCUCCGAAGACGAAUGAGAACCUCCAUCCCGAAAACAGCAAUUCCAGUGUCAGUCAUGCGCGGAUGACGGCCACAAAGGAUGAUUUGCUGAAUGAGUAUGACUGGGAUGCUCCGACGUUCCUUUAA